CUCUGCCCGCGCCCCCAACGCGCCAGUCCCGGGGCUGCAGGGAGCGCAACGCGCGCCGCCCGGGCCCCGGCCACCGGACGCCCUACCGGACACCACCCUCCUUGGAGCUUGGACAGUCGCCCACCACGAUUGCUGCACCAGGCACUUCUCCGACAGGGCUGGACUCUACAACGAACACCACUUCCCAGCUCCGGACAUUGCUCCUUGCUCCCUUCCCCCGGCCCUGGACGCUGUCUCCCCCUUCCUCUGCCCGGGCCCAGACAUCGAGCCCCCAGCGGGCUCUGGUGAUAGUCCUCUUGCACCUCAGCAUUGGACACUGCCUCCUUCCGGCCCCCUUCUUUCCUUUCGUCGCACCUCAUUUCUACCCAGUUCAGAUCGGAGUACCUCCAGUUUCUCAGAUUCCCUGCUGCUUGGGCAACGCUGCCCGCGCCCCCUAUUCCCAAGCUGCUCGCCCGGAUGCCUCUCCCCGGGGGAUUGUGGUGGCUUCUCUGCUGCCGUCGAGGCUUCACACUUCUGCACCGGGACUACGGGGACGGCGAGCUUAGCGGGGACGGAGACGAAGACGAGGACGACGAGACCUUUGAGCUAAGGACCCCGAGUCCAGCGGGCGGCGGGAGAGCUUCUCUGGACGUUACGCUGACUCAGCCAACGAGGAACGGGCCCAUCUCAGACAGACUGCAGAGCUGGGAAGAGACCUGGAGCCUCAUCCCAGACAAGGGACUUCCGGAGGAUGACCCUGACGUCAUUGUGAAAGGUUGGCUGUACCGGGAACCCCGUGGAGGAGGGGUAAGGCCAUGGUUACUCCCACGCAGAGCCUGGUUUGUGCUCACCAGAGAUUCCCUGGACCAGUUCAGCAGCAGCGGGAAGGGGGCAAGGCGCCUCGGAAGCCUGGUUCUCACAAGCCUGUGCUCAGUGACUGGGCCGGAGCGUAGGCCCAAGGAGACCGGUAUGUGGUCAGUCACUGUGUCUGGCCGGAAACACAGCAUCCGCCUCUGCUCCCCUCGCCAGGCAGAGGCAGAGCGCUGGGGGGUAGCACUGCGGGAGGUGAUUGCCUCCAAGGCUCCGCUGGAGACCCCUACCCAGCUACUGCUCAGGGACAUCCAGGAGAGCUGUGGAGACCCAGAAGCAGUGGCGCUCAUCUACCGGCGGAACCCUAUUCUGAGGCACACCAGUAGUGCCUUGUAUGCCCCACUCCUGCCCCUGCCCUAUGAAGUCAGCGCUCCAGGUCCAGGCUACGCACCCUUACGGGAGGAGGCAGUGAGGCUGUUCCUGGCACUGCAGGCGCUGGAGGGGGCACGGCGUCCCGGGCCCCUGAUGCAGGGUGUGCUCCAGACCUGCCGGGACCUGCCUGCACUCCAGGACGAACUUUUCCUGCAGCUGGCUAAGCAGACCUCAGGUCCUGCCGGUCCCCCUGGGCUCCCUGCUACUCAAGAUCCUGCAGCCCUGAGAUACUGGCAGCUUCUCACUUGCAUGAGCUGUACCUUUCGGCCUGGGGGAGCUGUCCGAGGGCACCUCCUGGGGCAUCUGGAGAGGACGGAGCAGGCACUCCCGGAUUCAGAACUGGCAGAAUACGCACGAUUCAUCCGGAAAGCUCUGGGUCGUACCCGGGGCCGAGAGCUAGUACCGUCACUAGCAGAGAUCUCUGCACUGAGCGGACGGCAAGAACUUUUGUGUACCGUGCACUGUCCCGGGGCUGGAGCCUGCCCUGUGUCCAUCGACUCCCACACUACAGCGGGGGAGGUGGCUCGAGAGUUGGUCGGUAGGCUAGGUUUGGCCCGGAGCCGGAACGCAUUCGCUUUGUAUGAGCAGCGAGGGGCCCAGGAGCGAGCCCUGGCUGGGGGGACCCUCGUGGCCGAUGUGCUCACCAGGUUUGAGAAUUUGACCUCAGAGGAAGCCGGACUGGAGGACUCGCCUGACUCUGGGUGGAGACUGUGUCUUCGUCUUCACGGACCUCUGCACCCAGAAGGGUUAUCUCCAGAGGGUCACGAAUUGCCUUUCCUCUUUGAGCAGGCUCACGCUCUGUUGCUGCGCGGCCGGCCGCCCCCACCCGACGACACGCUGCGCGCCCUGGCCGCGCUGCGCCUGCAGAGUUUGCACCGGGACUUUUCCCCGCGGGGGCCCCUGCCGCUCCUGGACCGUCUGCUGCCGCCCCCCACCCCGCCGCGCGAACAACCGCCGCGCCCUACCCGGAGGCCACCGCCCUCCGCAGCCCUGCUGGCCGGGGCGCUCUGGAGCCCGGGUCUGGCUAAGAGGCGGGCGGAGCGUGCCCGGCGCGGCGAGACCCGGCGCUCGACGGGAAGCACGGCCCAGGUGGGAGCAGGCGGCGCCAGCACGACGGCCGCGGUGCUGGGCGGUUGGAAGCGGCUGCGGGGCAUGGGCCAAGCUGAGGCCAUGGCUGCCUACCUGGCUCUGGCGGCGCAGUGUCCGGGGUUCGGCGCUGCUCGGUAUGACGUUCUGGAGCUGAGCACGGAGCCUGGUGGAGGCGCUCCUCAGAAGCUCUGCCUGGGUCUGGGAGCAAAGGCCAUGUCCCUCUCCAGGCCCGGUGAGACAGAACCCAUCCACAGCGUCAGCUAUGGUCAUGUGGCCGCCUGCCAUCUCAUAGGCCCUCACACCUUAGCACUGAGGGUGGGUGACAGCCAGCUCCUCCUGCAGAGUCCCCAGGUGGAAGAGAUCAUGGAGCUGGUGAAUGCCUACUUGGCCAACCCCUGCCCUGAGAGGCCUUGCAGCAGCAGCAGCCCUGGCCCUCCAAGCCAAGACCUGUCGGACACCUCCCCUCCCAGCCAGCACCAAGUUCUGGAAGAGCCCCAGGGACAGUCUGGUUGCUUGAAGCAGCUGCAGGACUAAGCCUGCCAAGAGGUCGCGACUUUUCUUUUGCCUCCGGCCUGAGACGGGAGUGCUCUUGAGAUUUGAGGCAACCGUGGUUGGACCCUUUUUUUGGCCCUGCAGGGACAGGGUACACCCACACCCGAGGGCAGCAAUGGGUGUGGACACUUUUCUAGUUUGUUUCUUAAUUUAUUUGUAGACGAAAAGAAAAUCGUUAUUUACACAAAGCCUU